ACAAAUCUCGUGUAUCUCGCUUUUCCGGCAUUAUGAAUAUCGUUCCGUCAAACACCCUGCUAACAACAGAAGAAGCGAGUUUCGUCGCAAUCAGGGUAUCUCUAAACGAAAUUUCUAUGCAAUUGAACAUUUAUUACGCGUCGGAAAACGCAAAUAUGAAACUUAUUCUCGUCCAGAAGUAGAGGAUGUUACGUUUUAA